CUCCUCGAAGCUGCCCCAGGAAAAGUCUUGGGUACAUGCCGCUCCACUACCACUACCCCCCAGCUUGUCAAGCACGCAAGGGCCUAGGAUCCCCAGGGCACUACCCAACCUCCACUUGAGACUAGCCCAGCCACCCGACAGGGUCGGACUUGGUAAAGAAAAGCAAACAAAAUCGGCUGCCAUUGCCACAACUUGGGGAUGAUGUUCCUUUCUGCCUACCCCGUCCCGGACUUUUCAUUCUUAGGGUCCUCUCGCUCUCGGACCCAAUUCAUCUGCUUUGCAUCUGCUUUUCAUUCGAUUGGCAAAUCCAUUGUCCAUUGCUCCCGCCUCCAAAGUGGCUAUCGAUCUUGUGCUAGCCCGAGUCGAGAAAGAGCCCUGACGUCCGGUCAAUUGCCUUUUUUUUCUUAACUCAGACAUAACCACCCCACAUCCCGCCCGUGUGUCUUGAUUGUCUGUGAGACAGGCGCUGUUCUGCUUCCAGUCCAUCACUUGAGCCCGCCAGUCCUUUGUGCAGUACCACGGACCUUGUCUUGGCCUUGUCCAGCACCUGUCAAAGAUCAAGCUACCGCAUUAACGUUGUGGACGGCGCCGUUGCCACAACCCUUUCAGCACAUCGUCGUUUCUCUAUCGUGUCAAAAAAUAGUUCAGCUCAAUUUCGCCUCGACUGCGCAAGGCCGAUUGGCUCAGUUCAUCGCUUUACCUUUUCAGCUGAACAUCAGUCCUUCAGCAAAAAUAUCCGUCCCAACCGUACAUUUACAGGAAUCCCCAGGCCUCCCAUCGAUACGAACAACUCAGGGUCCAAUCAUGACGUCCAUAGCAAACUCCAACGGCGCUACGGCGACCUCGAAACGCUUUGAGCUCCCCGCGCUCGACUUCAAGUUUGCUCCUUUGACUGACGGCACCAACAUCCCACCACCUCUGCCGUCUCCAAUUGAAGAGACCCCGCCUGCUGUUGCUGCCGCUCGCGCCGAGACACCAGACACUUGCGCAACAAGCAACGGCACAGAAGACCAGAAGCAGGAGCAGCAGCAAACAUCAACCAGCAAGGCCGGCACGAAACGUCCCGCCGAGUCGCCUAUAUCGCCUGUGUCGCCUACCAACUCUGCUCGUCCCGGCAGCAUCCGUCGCCUCUUCAGCAGGAAUCUGCUCAGCCAGUCAUAUGCUGAGAGCGAGGCUGGAGAGCCAGAAAGCCCGGGCCUCAGGAGGCCGGCGAGCCAGGCGAGCUUUCUUACCGACAAGAGGCCGAAGCGAUCGAGCGGCUGGUUCAGGCGGUUAAGAGGUGGCAGCAGCGGCGAUAGCACGACCGACGCGGCCUCUUCGAAACGCGCAACCGUGGGGAGCUACGAGGACAUCGUCGGCACCAGGAAGACUAGCGGGCCGCCGCCGCCCAUGAUACCAGAGCUGAGCGACCUCGAGGCCAAGGUUGGCCUGGAAAAUGGUAGCAGUCUUGGGAAUGACAUGUUCAAACACAUCAACUAAGACUGGCAACCAUGACGAGGCGUUUUCCUUUUGGUUUUAUCACUUUGACAUGUUAGUUUUUUGAGUUUUUUUUGCAUUGCUACCUUGGAGUUUGUUUCUACAUACGAUGAUUAUUCGAUAUGGAAGGUUUGGGCUUCUUUUUUUUCGUUUGAAGAAUACGUUUAUUAUGACAAAUAAUUCUCUCCAUUAUUUGGCUUGCCCAGUUGCCCAGACUACUACCCCAUUUCUUCUCAUCACGAGCUGCUGUUGUUUUUGUUCUCUUCAACCCUUGUUUGUUUUUGUUUUUAUUCUUUUUUUGUCAAGACAACAGCGCAUGGAUGAGGCAUGAACUAUCUCUUCGUUUUUGCUAUUCCGUCAGCCAGGAUCAACCUUGGGAAACGGGAAAACGGACGAGUUGCCGCUUGGAUCGAGUCCUUGGUCACGCAAUUGAAACAAGGGAUUAUUGCGGCUGCACGACGGGAAGAUUUGGCAGAGGAGAAGAAGGGGAAACGCAAAGAUGGGAUGACAGGUUGGAGAGACGUGAAAACCGAGAUACCCCCUUGGCUUGCUUGCUUUUAUUUGAGCAGCAAACCGAUAAAAUCCGUUUAUUUUGUUUUCUGGUUGAUAUUGUUACCAACCGUACAUUUGUUUGCAAGAGUUUUCCUGAACAUUUGAUUUCUUUGGUCUUGGCCUUGGUACUCUACCCAAACAAGACAUAUUUGUUUCUUGACGAUAUUUGUUCCAUUUGUCUGCUUAAUAAAGUCUCUUUGCAACUGGUAUUUUUUGCUAUGGGCUCGACUGUUGUUUACCGGUAGAUACAAUCUGUGCCGGGUGCCGC